AAUUAAUUAAAUAUACCAAUGGAUACCCAUGGCCAGGUGGUUCUCCAUAAAAGGCCCUGGCCGUUCUGGGCAGUUCAACAGUUUCUAAAACGCCGUCAACAUGAAAUUCUUCAACCUGCUGUUUAGCCUCUGUCUGGCCUUCAUGCUGUGCACCUCGUGGGUGUCGGCUUUCUCCAGUCUUGCCACCCCGGAGCCAACUCCGCCAACUGGUGCUCCCGUCGAUGGUACGACUAGCACGGGUUUCUCUGGCCCCCCGUCGGCUGAAACCACAAAUGCCACGCCAGAAACGUCGACCAUCUAUCCCAUUUACGGAUAGUCAUCAUCGAUUGAUCAAUUAAAAACUAAAUCGCAAAUAUAUUAAAAUACGUGUAAUUUUCA